GCUCAAGAUGUUUCUUGCUGUGUUUAACCUCCUUUACAUGCUCCUUUUUGUUCAUCUGCCAAACCUUGCCACCAGACUGGCCUCUGAUGACUGAUGCAGACUGCACAGGGUGCUGGCCAGCUGCUUAUUCAAGCCUUGACCAGAUACAGCUAAGGCCUCUGUGACAAUACAUUGAGAAAACUCUUGCAGGUUUUCCUGUGUUAUGUCAUCUUGGAACUUGCUGUUGAAGCUCAUUACCUUUAACUUGUGCUCUGAUCCACCUGCAGGGCCUGUUGUCCAUUCUUCGGAGGCUGAAGCAGUCUCCAGAUCAGGAGGUGCGCUUGCUGUUGUUAGGCCUGGACAAUGCUGGGAAGACCACCCUGCUGAAACAGAUGGCAGCUGAAGAUAUCAGCCACAUCACCCCUACUCAAGGCUUCAAUAUAAAGAGUGUUCAGUCUUCUGGCUUCAAGUUGAAUGUUUGGGACAUUGGGGGUCAGCGCAAGAUCCGCCCCUACUGGAGGAACUAUUUUGAGAACACAGAUGUGCUGAUCUAUGUGAUUGACAGCUCAGACAGGAAAAGGUUUGAAGAGACAAGUCUGGAGCUGUCUGAGUUGCUGGAGGAGGAGAAGCUUGCGGCCGUGCCACUGCUAAUCUUUGCCAACAAGCAGGACCUGAUGACAGCCACCCCAGCCUCGGAGCUGGCAGAGAGUCUCAGUCUGCACACUAUCCGGGAUCGCAUGUGGCAGGUCCAGGCCUGCUCAGCACUCACUGCUGAGGGAGUUCAGGAUGGCAUGACCUGGGUUUGCAGAAAUAUAACAUUUCGGAAGAAAUAAUUCAGGAAGCAGAUCUGUGAAGAAUUCCAGUUGCACUUUACAUUUGACCUAUCCAGUUUUUUUUUCCAGGACAAGAAGGUAACAGUUUGUGUUUGUUUUUUUUUCAUGACUAUGACAGGAAGUAGAAACUGUACAGUGAUUCCACACUAACUUCUUAACCCUGUCAAAUCAUAU